UCUAUGGAGGCUCAGCCUGUAAGACCGACGUGCGGGAGAAAAAGACCCACUGAUACCAGAGUUCCUGUUGAUUUAACGAAGUCUUCCGGCUACAAUUAGUGGACAUAUGGCAACCGGAGGCCACGAAGUUUAGUUUCAUGGACCAGGGAGGUGGCCUGACUUUGUGUUGAACUUAUUUCUUUAGGUUCUGCGAGUGCUUCUGCAAGAUUUUGAUGCGGUGCAACAUCAACAACAAUGGCUGAAGAAGUUUCAGAGCUCUCUGUAACUGUCCCAUGGGGAGAGAUCAGAGGUCGUGUGUGGGGUCCUGAUGAUGGCUAUCCUGUGCUGUGCCUGCACGGCUGGGCUGACAACUGUGGUUCAUUCAGCACCCUCAUUCCUCUUCUACCUAAAGAGUGCAGAUACAUAGCGGUCGAUCUUGCAGGUCAUGGUCUGUCCUCCCAUCUUCCUCCUGGAGUCUUCUACACUCCAGUUUCAUAUGCACUGGAUGUCAGCAGAGUUGUUGUUGCGCUGCAGCUUAAGAAAUUUUCCAUCAUAGCUCACAGUAUGGGUGGAGACAUUGCAGGAAUGUUCACUGCUCUGUAUCCUGAGAUGGUGGAUGCUCUUAUUCUUCUCGACACUUAUGGAUUCAUACCUACAGAUUCAGCAAAGCUAUCAGAAGUGAUAAGGCAGGGCAUGGAUUCAAUGCUUCGAUUCGAGAGUGAAAAAGGAGAGAAGAAAAGAAUUUACACUUACGAGAAGGCAGCUGAAAGGCUAAAAGCUGCAAACUCAGCUCUCUCUGAACAGUCUGUCCACAUACUUUUAGAGCGAGGUCUGACUGCAGUCGAAGGAGGGUUUGUUUUCUCCAGAGACCUGAGGGUUAAUUUUAAAAACACAAUGCGCCUCAGUUUGGAGCAGAGUCUGGUGUUGCUGUCGAAGAUCCAAGCCUCUAUUUUACUGAUUUUGGCAGGAGGUGGUUCUGACAGGAUGCUCUCUGAACCAGCUCAAGAUAAAUUCACUUCAUCACUUCUCCACAUUUUUCAGGAGAGGAACGACUCGGUUGUAACAGUACCAGGCGAUCAUCAUGUUCACCUGAAUAAAUCAGAGGUUGUUGCUCCGUUUGUGUCCGACCACCUACGAACUAAAGCUCUCUCCAAGUCAGCCUGUGCUGAUCACAAGUUAUGAACUGGAAACACUCUGACUCUGUCAGACUGUAGAUUUGUACCUCAUCACACCCUGCUCUGUGGGACAGCCCACUUGACUUUGCUUUUUACGUGCUUUGAACUGUUUGGCUAUUUUGUUAUGGACAGUACCUAGUUCCUGAUUAUCUUUGGCAUUAGCUUGGCUGAUAAAACAGCUGUGAAAAUGCUAAGAGAAAAGGUAAAAUCACUUCUGUCUGACCUCUGAUUGGUUAAAGAGCAUCCCUUUACACAUACACACCCUAACACUCACUAGCUGUCUGGCUACAUAAAGCACUUUUAACACCACAGGUGACACUUAACCAUUCAAGCACUGACUCUGGGACUGCCAUGCAAAGUUACCAUCAGUAUCAACUAUGUCCAUUCUGAAGCAUUCACAAGCCAGUGAAACAGCAGAGGGAGCAAUUUGGGAGCAAUUUGCCAGGGAACACAUCAACAUGUGGCUGGAGGAACUGGGGGUUGAACCUCUAAUUUUGUGCUUUAACAAUGACCGACUCUACCUGUAAUCCAUUAGCAUUAAAUUUCAAGACUGGACUGAGUAAAUUGUUUGCAAAGAAUUACUGUAAUUUGAAAGAGCAAAAUAGGUUAUACUGCCUCUUAAAUGUGGCAUUAUUCCAUUUUAAUUAAAAGAGCUUAGGUUGAUUACAAAUUUCUGCACAUGUGUAUCUUAAACAGAUACAGAGAGGGUGGUAAAUGUGACAAAUCAGCCAAGAAGUCGAGAUUUAUCACUAAGAGUUUUUUUGUCUUGUCAUUGGUUUGACUGUUGUCCGUUCAGAAAGAUGUUACUACUGCUGAGUAAGUGUUUUCAAGAGUUGACUGUCAAGUUUAUUUGCCUGUUCAAAUGUAAAUGUAAAGUAGAAUUUUACCUUACAAGUUUGUACCUUAUUUCAUGAUAUCAAACAGAAAAAUAUGGAGUGGGGUUAUGUGCCCACCCAGAUACUGAUGCAUCAACUAUCAUAAUGAAGUAUGUAGAUCAAGA